AUGGGGAAAUACAAGGUUACAAUUUUGUUGUUUGGAGUGUUUUUCGCCUUGUGUUCUAUGCUAGAACUACAAGUUGAAGCAAGAACAUCAUCAUCUUUAGAUAAAGAAAUAGAAGCCAAAUUGAAGCUUCUAAACAAACCUGCAGUGAAAUCCAUCAAGAGUGAAGAUGGAGACAUUAUCGACUGCGUUAACAUCUACAAACAACCUGCUUUUGAUCAUCCCGUCCUAAAAAAUCACACUAUCAAACCGAUACCGAGUUUUCUUCUUGAUUACGAACCUUCAAGCGUGAGAGGUACUCCCAACGCAAGCUCUCAAGUGUUUCAGCUAUGGCAGAAAAGCGGAAGUUGUCCAAAAGAUACCGUCCCUAUUCGUAGAAUUCAAAAGAAGGACUUGUUGAGAGCUUAUUCACUUGAACGCUUUGGACGAAAACCACCAUAUGUCCAUUCCACCACGAACAAUACAAACCCUAAUUUCACCAACCUCGGUGUUACUGAUGAUUACAUUAAUCUGCAAAAUCGUUCGAAUGCGUAUCUUUCAACAUAUGGAUACAAUUUUAUAGGUGCAAGUGCAAGUAUUAACAUAUGGAAUCCAAAUGUUGAGAAAAAAGGAGAUUUUACUACUGCUCAAAUAUGGCUUAAAGCUAACAAUGGUGAUAAUUUUGAAAGCGUUGAAGCAGGCUGGAUGGUUCAUCCCGAGUUGUAUGGUGACUUCAACUCUCGAUUGUUUGCAGCCUGGACGAGAGAUUCAUACCAUACAACAGGCUGCUUUGAUGUUACAUGUGCUGGAUUUGUGCAUGUAGGCUCAAGUACAGCGCUUGGUGCUACUGUUGGACCUUAUUCAUCUCAGUUUAACCAACAAUAUGAAAUCGCCAUUGGAAUAUAUUGGGAUGAGGAUGGGAACUGGUGGCUUAAUAUAAAGAAUGGCACAGUUAUAGGUUAUUGGCCAGCAGAGUUAUUAGGUAACUUAAGACAUAGUGCAACAGUUGUUCAAUGGGGUGGACAAGUGUAUAGUGAUAAGGUAAAGAAAGCACCUCCUCACACUUCAACACAGAUGGGAAGUGGAGAUUCAGCAGAUGGUAGAUUUGGGUUUGCAUGCUACAUGAGUAAUGUGAGAAUUAAGGAUUAUUCAGGUUUUCAUAAGUAUCCAGAAUUUGUAAACACAAAUGCUGAUGAACCUUACUGCUACAAUGCCAUCAAUGAUGUUGAAUAUGGAAAAUUCCCUGUAUUCUAUUUUGGAGGGUUAGGAAGAAAACCUCCUUAUUGUCCUUGA